AUGUCCAGUUCUACCAAGGCGUACAAAGACAGGAACUUUCUGGCGGUCAUUGGCGAUGAAGACUCUGUCACUGGUUUACUAUUAGCAGGAAUUGGCCAUGUUUCUGAUAACGAUGGCGAAAGAACGAAGAACUUCUUAGUUGUCGAUGCUAAAACUGCAACUGAAAAGAUUGAAAAAGCGUUCGAAGAAUACACCACCCGAGAAGAUAUUGCUGUUCUUCUUAUCAACCAGCAUGUAAGUUUAUCUGACGAAUAUUAG